AGUAACAUCCCAAGGUCCUCCGCGGUGCGCGCAGCUGUCUUCUCUCGACUUUUCUUGUAAUUAUAUUCCUGUCUUUCCGUUGGCGAAGUUUGCAGCCAGUACCGAAAGACGGCAACACGCUAUCGUAAAAUCGUAUAACAGCGUUGCUAAGCACUAACACAAGCGCGUUUCCCGACAGUCUUUGCUUUCUGACGAUGCCGCCUUCUGCCGCGUCCAUACGCCUAUGCGGGCUGCGGUUGAUUUGGGGGACGACUCACGCGACGCGCAGGUGUGAUUGGGCAAGUGUCCACCACUAGGCCAACGAGCGCAUGCGCGCGCCGCUAUCCCGCAAGCCUCCAAAUAACGCAUGUAUAUAUACAGCGUGCCGCGACUGCAGCGCUGCCACUCCGGCGUUUCGACGCCGUCGUGAUGUUUGACCGCAGACCGCCAUGUUUCUCUAUGAAAAUUAUGUGCCUUCGGUGGGUUCCAGCCAGGCGUUCCAGCUCCAGCAAGCCCGCAGGCAGUCAACAACGUAAACUAGUGUAACAUAACCUGCCACCUGUUCAGCGUUUCUAACUUAAUUGUUAAAGAACAAUUCGCGAAUCGACGAAAACGUGAUUUCUAACGACUUGGGUGACCAAUAAUAUAAUGAUGUCUCGGUCUGUGCGAGCAGAAACACGGAGUAGAGCGAAAGAUGACAUCAAACGGGUUAUGCAAGUUGUUGACAAAGUUCGCCAUUGGGAAAAGAAAUGGGUCACAAUUGGCGAAACUACAAUGAAAAUUUACAAGUGGGUGCCCAUAUCGACAUUAGAUCAAAAAAAGAAAGUAAAAUCUUCUGCAGUAGAAAAAGAAAAUGGUUUAGCAAGGAAGGGUGGCAUAGACUCUUCUAAUUCUAAUUUUGGACUCACAGAAGACUCCAACACGUGUUUCUCUACUGUAAGCGAUUCUCAAGGACUAACAGAUUUUUCAGCCCAUUUAGGAUUUUCAGAAGAUUCGAAUUCACAAAAUAGUGAGCCUGCACCUAAAAGACUGAAGACUGAUUAAAGUAUACAAAGCUAUUUGUAUGCUUUUUUAUCCACUUGAUCCUUGCUGAGGCAAUGAACGAAUCAUGAUCACCAUAGUGUGUAUGUUGUAUAAAAUAACUAUGAAACGUGGAAUGUUUGAUUGUGUUCAAGCAUAUCUACGUUUAGUGAGAUUUUCAAGAAUACUGUGAGUUUGUUUAUCUUUGUUUAAUGUGCAUCUGAAUAAUUGUGUUUUUAUAACUGAAAGUGCAGCCGGUUGUAUAUUGAAAGCUAAUUUCUGUUUAAGUAUAUUAAUAUAUGAAUAUUUGUUUCAAGUAUACAUCGAGCAAAUAUGACAUACAAACAUGAAUACUAUUUUAAAAUUUUAUACUGCACUUUCCGAAGAAUGUAUACAGAAGAUUUUUUUUUGAAAAUUGUAUCAGCUAAAGUACAAUAUAGGUACGAUAAAAUUGUAUAUAAUUUAGAUUAUAGUUUGUAGAAAUCUAGCAACUACACUUUUUAUACUAAAAUGUAUUAGUAAGUGAAGCUCCAUCAUUCACUUGAGUGUGAAGUAAAUUAAGCAUCAAUAAAUCAUUGAGACAAAAGAA